UGUCCGGACGGCAAGUACUUCGAUUUCAGUACCGACAAAUCCGAGUGUGUCGACUCCACUUAUGACUCUAAGACAGCUAUGGAGAUCUACAAGAUCACCAUGAUAUUCGCCUCGUGCUGCCUGGCCCUGAUCCUGGUCAUAUUCCUUGUGUGCAUACUACGCAAGUCUUACUGCCCGCCCCGGCAGCGACCGGUGCAACCACUGGACAACUCGACAAUACCGGACAUAUUCACACUUUUCCCGCACGUAGGCAACUACGACGGCGGACCCCUGGGCGACGGCACUCUACCCCCCUUUGAGAAGCCGCCCACUUAUGACGAGACAUUGACUUUGAUCCGUAAUGAGAUUGGGAUACCGCCGCCCGCGUACAGGCGUAACCCUAACUCCAGUUCCAAUGGUAGCUCUUCGGGUGAGUCGACGCCAGAUAUGUCGGCGAGACUUAUGGUGUCGAGGCCUCAGUUGGUGACAGUCAGUGAUCAGACAAACAGUUCAUAUUUGACUACAUCGUCGUCGAGUGAGGCGUCCAUAGCCGGGCCCAGUGGUGAGUGUCGGUCCAGUAGAGGUGGUAGUGCUCAGGGUAUCGAUAACCCGGCCUUUUGUUGA